AUGACCAACAUGAGCUGGAGUUUCCUGACGCGACUGCUGGAGGAGAUCCACAACCACUCCACGUUCGUGGGCAAAGUGUGGCUCACGGUGCUGGUGGUCUUCCGCAUCGUGCUCACGGCCGUGGGCGGCGAGUCCAUCUACUCGGACGAGCAGACCAAGUUCACGUGCAACACGCGCCAGCCGGGCUGCGACAACGUGUGCUACGACGCGUUCGCGCCCCUGUCCCACGUGCGCUUCUGGGUCUUCCAGAUCGUCGUCAUCUCCACGCCCUCCGUCAUGUACCUGGGGUACGCCGUGCACCGCCUGGCCCGCGCCUCCGAGGAGGAACGCCGCCGCGCGCCCCGCCGCCGUCCGACCCGCGCGCCCCUGCCGCUGCCCCUGCCGCCCCACCCCGGCUGGCCCGACUCCGCCGGCCUGGGCGAGGAGGAGCCCAUGCUGGGGGGCCUGGGCGAGGAGGACGAGGAGUCGGGGGCGCCCGAAGGCCUGGGCGAGGAGGCCGAGGCCGAGGACGCGGGCGCGGCCAAGGGCGCAGGCGGAGACGCCAAGGCGGCGGGGGCCCCGGGUCCCGCCCGGCAGCACGACGGGCGGCGGCGCAUCCAGCGCGAGGGCCUGAUGCGCGUGUACGUGGCCCAGCUGGUGGCGCGGGCUGCCUUCGAGGUGGCCUUCCUGGUGGGCCAGUACCUGUUGUACGGCUUCGAGGUGCGGCCUUUCUUCCCGUGCAGCCGCCAGCCCUGCCCGCACGUGGUGGACUGCUUCGUGUCGCGGCCCACCGAGAAGACCAUCUUUCUGCUGGUCAUGUACGUGGUCAGCUGCCUCUGCCUGCUGCUCAACCUGUGCGAGAUGGCGCACCUCGGCCUGGGCAGUGCGCAGGACGCGGUGCGCGGCCGCCGGCCCCCGCCCGGCGCCCCCGGCCCAGCGCCGCGCCCGCCGCCCUGCGUGCUGCCCGCCGCGCCCACCGGCCUGGCUUGCCCGCCCGACUACAGCCUGGUGGUGCGCGCGGCCGAGCGCGCGCGCUCCCACGACCGGGACCUGGCGAGCCUGGCGCUGCAGGCGCUGCGGGACGGGCACGCGUUGGAGGACCGCGAGAGCCCGCCGUGCCCCGGCCUCCCCGCGGCCGCCCGGGGGCCCCAGCGGUCCGGCGCCCCCGCCUCCGGGUCGGGCAGCGCCACGUCGGGGGGCACGGGCCAGGGCAGGCCGGGCGCCAAGCCCAGGGCGGGCUCAGAGAAGGGCAGUGCCAGCAGCAGGGAGGGGAAGACCACGGUGUGGAUCUGACGGCCCGCCCCUGAAGUGGCCCAAUCCCCUGCAGGCCACGGCUGGGGCGGGGGGCUGGGGCUCUGGGGGAAGGCCAGGGCGCAGGGCGAGGAGCACCACCUGCCCUCUCUUU